AUUUACCUUUAUACAAAGCUUUCGCUUUUAGUCCUGGAACUUAUCAUAACUUUUCGUCAAUACAAGUUCGGUAUUGCGUUCGUCACAACACGCCUCUUUCCGUAGCAGGCAGGAGGCUUUCGGCUUGUUCCGAACCUACCCGAACUGUUACGAAUGUACCUUGAAGGUUGCUGUCACAAGGUAGGAAGAUGGCGUCUGCCAGGGUCAUAUUAGCUGUCGUCGUUGUCGUGGCCAUUACCUCUCUUCGAACUGGCACUGCAGUUGAUACAUCACUGAACUUGAUCCAGACGGCACCUCACGCCUUUUGGGGCCUGUCGCUUCAACUCAAGUGUGGCGUAUCGACGAACAGCACUAAUGGAGCUCUCCUCUUCCAAAGAAACACUUUUGUCAAGUGUUCGGUGAAGAGAGAUGAUUGUACACAGUAUACAUCAGACAAUGUUUCCAAGACACAGUACACAUGUGGGUGUGGUCAGCAGAGUGACGGCAACUACGUCUACAUCCUCAACGCCACCUCCUUACACGACGACGUUGAAGGAGACUGGAGAUGUGAAGAUAAAGCGUUUAGCAACAUCAUCCAUGUCAACCUGAUUGAACCUGAGGGUCCAACACAGAUACAGUUGGUCAAAACAGAACUCCAGACUAAGGAAAGAAGCGUCAACCUGACCUGCUCGGCCAGCUGUCUCCCCGACUGUCGCUACAUCUGGACCAAAGGUGGACAGGACCUGACCAGGGGGAGUCGGGGUCAAGUGCUGGCACUGAAAGGGUUGGUGGGCGACGACAGUGGCAACUACACCUGCACAGCCGUCAACCCCUCAUCAAACCACACCAGCAGCAUAUCGUAUGUUCAGAAUGUACCUGCCCGCUACGACCAAGUGACGACUGAUGCAGGGAUGUCAAUGUUUGGGUAUGGCGUGGGUGCUGGUGUCGCUGGGAUGCUGGUUGUCAUCAUCAUCGUUUUCUCCGUCUUCUACAGAAAAUACAAGAAGAUGAAAAGAGCUCAGGAUUUCCCUUACGCCUCAGCACAGCAGUUGCCCAAUGCUGCGAUAGACCUCAACUACUACCAGGAACUCCCCAACCCUCAGCUUGUGGACGGGGGAUACACCCUAGCGGGUGAGCACCGUGCUGAGGUGUUCACAACCAAGGUUGACGUGAAGGCAAUUGACGGCACAGACCCCACCACAGCUGUCAACCCGAUUUACGAACGCAUCCACAACGACAGCGUCUUAUCUAAGUAAGGACAACCCUGGACACACGUCGGCCGUCAUGGGGGUACCAAGGUCGCAGCGAACGUUGACGUAGAAGUCAAUUGCAUCAAUGACAGAUUUCCACUACAUAUGCUUUGACAUGGCAAACAUAGUCCAGUAGGCAGUGCAUGCUUUUCUCAAUGUGUGUUGCGUUGUCAUUUGUGACAGAUUUAAAAUAUACAGUCAAGUCUCGUUAAUCCGACACUCGUUAAUCCGACAAUCGGCUUUAUCCGACACUAAUGAUGGGAACCGAUUAAAUCAGUGCUAUUUAUUCCCGUUAAUCCGACAAUCUCGC